AUGACACGUUGCGAGUCCAAUUCUGAUGAAAAUCUUAUAAAAUUAUACAAAAUUGAUGUUCAUCAUUCUCAAUCGAGAUUAUCAAUCGGUGCUGAACAUUGUCAAACAAAACGAAUCUAUCGAACAGAGAUCGAUCAAGAUGCUAUCGUUAAUAUGACACAAGGUGCUUGUGAAACAUGUGAGCAUCUCUUUGAAUUACUUCAGGAAUUGAUUGACAACGAUGGGAAAUGUUCAAAUAAAAAUCUCAAAAUAUUAGAACAGGGUACAAAAGUGAGACUAGAUGUGACAGUUACUCUUAUUUUUGGACGAAUAUCACGUCAAUUUAAUAUGCAGUUCGACCUAGACUGUGUUCGACUUGAUGAUAUCUCUCGAUUGGAAAAUAUUAUUCAUGAAUAUGGCCAACGACUUGAACAAUUAGAAUGGAGUAUUAGUGAUCGUUUUGAUCAUGCAACCAAACUAAUAUCUCUUUGGGAAAAUGAAGUCCAAUUUCGAAAUCUUUCGUCUGAUGACCAUGCCAAAUUUUCAGACAACAAUCGUACAAUAUGCUGUCAAACUUAUACACAAAAAGUACAAGUACAAGAUACUGGAAGGAACGCAAUGUUCGGUGGCUACAACUCUAAGAUCGAGUACAUUGACAAAACAUAUUCUCAUCAAGUAUUUGCGUCUACAAAUCACGGUUUCCUCUCUAAGAAUAAACGCUAUCAAUCUAUUCGAUUUAAUAUACAUUCUUCUAGAUUUGUUAGUGAUGCUACUCUUUCAAUUUCAAUUGGUAUUAUUUAUCAACCUGAUUUUCAAAUGUUUUCUACAUUUUCAUCACAAAAUACAUGGGUUCUGAAUAUUUUUGAUGGUUCUAUUCAAAAGUCCUCUGAAAAAUCACGUCCAUACACUUGGCCCAUCAAGGAAUUUACACUCUAUCAGCAACCAAUAAAUAAAUCAAUUGACGUUUUUCAUGUUGAUUUAUUACUUGAUACACACCAUCGUUAUUUAACAUUUCGGGUUCAAGAUCAAACGGAAGAUCAAUCGGCUUCCCAUUUACCGACAGACUUAAAACUCGCCCCAUCAUAUCCGCAUUUUCGUAUUAAAUUCUACUGGUUUAGUGCCAAACCAUUAGUGCUUAGUAAAAAGCCGUUAGAAUUUAAUACGAAACCUUAA